AUGGAGGACACAGAGGAUGACAUCGCUGUUAUUGGGAUCGGAUGCAAUUUCCCUGGAGGUGAGGGGUUGGACAAUUUUUGGAGGGUUCUGUUAGAGGGAAAGAACUGUGUUGUGGAUAUUCCUGCAGAGAGGUUUGACACAAAUUUUUGGUACGAUGCUGAUGAUAACAAACCUGGAAAGACGCAGACUGUCAGAGCAGCUCUUAUAGAAGGGUUCAAUGAAUUUGAUCACAGGUUUUUUGGCAUUACUGAAGCAGAGGCUGAUUUUAUGGACCCUCAGCAGAAACUCCUUCUGCAGUGUACAUACAGGGCAUUAGAAGAUGCUGGAAUGGCUAUGGAACGCAUCAGUGGAAGCAGAGUCGGAGUUUACAUAGGUUUAAUGAACAGAGAUUAUGAGACGCUCCAAAGUAACAGCCCUUCUGCAAUAACCCACUAUAAUGGCACUGGCACAGCAAUGAGUAUGGCUGCAAAUAGAAUUUCCUUCACUUUCAAUCUCACUGGCCCAUCUUUUGCCAUUGACAGUGCCUGUUCUUCAUCUAUGGUGGCUCUACAUUUAGCCUGCCAGGCUGUAAAACAAGGAGACUGUGAGAUGGCUCUUUGUGGAGGUGUCAGCUGUAUAAUAGAGCCAAGAGUAUUUGUUGCCCUCAGCAAGGCCAAGAUGAUCUCAGCUGAUGGGACCAGCAAACCUUUCUCCAUCAGAGCAGAUGGUUAUGGUAGAGGGGAGGGCUGCGGUGUAGUUCUUCUGAAACCUCUGAAAAAAGCCAUUAAAGACUACAACAAAAUAUGGGGUAUCGUCAGCAAAACAGCGGUCAACCAAGAUGGUCACUCUGUCACUCCGAUCACCAAACCAUCCAUGAUUCAACAACAGGAGCUGUUGCAAAGAGUCUACUCAGAGUCGGACCUUGAAAAUGUCCAGUACAUAGAAGCACACGGCACUGGAACCCCAGUUGGAGACCCAAUAGAGGCAAGAAGCAUCUCCAGCGUUAUUGCUAAAGCCAAAUCUCCUGGUUCAGAGACACUCCGGAUUGGCUCUGUGAAGGGCAACAUUGGACAUACAGAAUCUGCAGCUGGAAUGGCCGGACUUAUUAAGGUACUCUUGAUGAUGAAGCAUGAGACCAUUGUUCCCUCAGUUUUCUACUCAGAAAACAGUGCUAAUCUAGAUAUAAAAGCAUUAAGUAUAAGUAUUCCAGUUAAAGCUGAAAAAUGGGAGAUGAGGGGGUCAGUGGAAAGGAUAGCUGGGAUCAACAGCUUUGGGUUUGGAGGCACAAAUGCUCAUACAGUUGUGAAAGAGUAUAGACAGAACAUGACAACUACACAGAUCAGAAAAGGCUGUCCAAAACUCUUUAUAAUGUCCACAGCCUCUGAGAAAUCAUUUAUCCUCUCCAUCAAAGACACCUACCAGAGACUUUGCAGCGAUCAGUCAAUUGACUUACAGGCACUGUCAUACACUUCAGCAUGUGGAAGGAGUCAUUCUAGACACAAAUAUAGGAAGACCUUCCCAGUGUCUUCCUUGCCAGAUUUAAAACAUCAGCUAACAUCUGCACUGCAAACAAAGUUUGAGUCAGUGAUGUCUGACUUCCAGGUGGUCUUUGUGUUUUGUGGAAAUGGGGUUUCCUAUAGGGGUAUGUGCAAGCAACUCCUGAGAGAGGUUCCUGUUUUCAGAGAUAAGGUCAAAGAAAUUGAAAAUCUCUUCCACAGUCAUAAAAGUAUCAGCAUCAGUCAGUGGCUUGCUGGUGAGUAUGAUAAUGAGGAUUUCGACAAGCCAAAUGUUGUUCAGCCUCUUCUUUUUGCAGUUCAGGUUGGCAUUACAACUCUCCUAAAGCACUGGGGUGUCAAACCGGAUGCCGUGCUUGGACACUCUGUUGGUGAGGUUGCUGCUGCUCACUGUUCUGGUCUCUUGUCUCUUGAGGAUGCCGUUAAAGUGUUGCACCACCGCAGUACUCUUCAGACCAAGGUCACAGCAGGGAAAAUGCUUCUUGUCAGUAAUGUGGCUGUAGAAAAGGUAUUAGAAAUCCUUCUAGACUUUUCUGGAAAAAUUUGUGUUGCAGCAUUCAACAGCCCUCAGUCCUGCACUCUGUCAGGGGAUGCAGAUGCUAUAGACAACCUCCAUCAGAGGUUGAGAAUUGUGUUUACAGAGAAAAAUCUCUUUCUCCAUGAAUUAAAUGUACCAGCAGCAUACCAUAGCCAUAUGAUGGAUCCUAUAUUAGAUGACAUUGAGAAAAGUAUUGAUCAUUUGGAUGCCAACAACAAGGAGUGCAAACUUUUUUCAACAGUGAGUGGAAACAGUUAUUCUGAUGGUGACUUUAAAACAGGCAGGUAUUGGGCAAGGAACAUCAGAGAGCCUGUUUUAUUUGAACACACACUGCGUGCUGCCAUCAAAGACAUGCAAUCAAGGAGAAAUGUGGUUUUUGUGGAGAUUGGACCUCGUAAGGUUCUCCAAAGGAACAUACAUGAGACUUUGGGAAAUAACACCAUAGUUCUUUCCUCUGUCCUGCCUGGGAGAGAUUAUGACACAAUCUUGUCUACUGUGGCAAAACUAUUUGAACUGGGCAUCAAUGUGGACUGGCAUCAGAUCUACAGGGGUUCUGAGACAUUGCCCACAGCUUUCCCAGUCUAUCAGUUUGUCAACACAAAAAAAGAAAUGAAUUUUGAAACUUUGAGAAAGGUUGAUGAUUCAUCUGCUGUUUCUCACACUCUCAUAUCGCAAACAAAUCAGGCUAACAACGAUUACACAUGCACCUUCUCAUUAGAUACUGCACCAUAUCUUUGGGAGCAUAAAAACAAUGGUGUUUCUAUUGUGCCUGGAGCUUUCUACGUUGAACUAGCCUUUGCCUCGGUGAUGGCAAGUUUUAGAGCAAAGAAACAUGUUUCUUUGCUCAGGCUCAGUGUGAGAUUUGAGAGUUUGUUUACACUGAGCUCAAACUGUCAUCAGUUGAAAGUGACACUGGAGCAUGCAGAAAAUGAUGCCUCGUUUAAAAUACAGUCUUCUGUCACAACACAUGCCUCUGGCACAUACAGCUGUAUAGAUGGCCAACCACUGUUAGAAGAACCAAACCUUUGUCUCAACAUGAUUUCCCAAAGGUGCAAAUUGGUUAUGAAGAGAAAAGAGAUUUAUUCAAUUCUUUCUCAAGCAGGAUUUGAAUAUGGCUCUGUCUUCAAACAGCUUGAUAAUGUGCAUUUUGGAGAUGAAUUCAAAGAAGCUGUGACAGUAAUUCCCGUUCCCAGUGAACUUCUUAGCAGUUUUCAUGACUGUUUCAUUCACCCGGUGUUACUGGACUAUUUCUUGCAAAUGACCGCUGUGUUAGCUAUCAGAAGGAAAACAGCCAAGCAGGGGUUCCCGUCAGCUAUCGGUAGUGUCGCUAUAUCAGGACCACUACAAAAGGAAAUGGUCAUGUACUUACGAGCCACUCAAGAGACUGCAGACUUCCUUGAUGUAUGUGGUAGCUUUUCCACCACAGAGGGUCAUGUACUGGUGGAACUUAAGGGGGUGAGGAUCUCAUUUUUGGGCAGUUGUUCAAAUGUUCUUCAGUCAUGGUUCUUCCACAGUGAAAUAACUGCAAUUCCUGGCAAUAGAGACUUGCAAAACUGCCAAAUAAAAGCAAUUGUUUUUGAAGACAAACUCGGCAUUGCUAAAGGACUUAGGCCAUACAUACAUCCAGAGUCAGCACUUGUGGAGAGCAGAGAGCAUUGGGUGCAGGACCAAGUUCGAAACAUAGUGCUUCACUUACUUAACACAAAUGUGGAUUUGGAAAAUGUUCUCUUCAUUUGGGGUGUUGAUGAUCUCAGUCACUUGUCACCUCAGAAGAUGCUAGACUACUUGGUGACUUGCUGUGAGCUCUUUCGGCAGAUAGUUUUAGCCUUGAAAGACAGUAAACGCUUUUGCACUGUCCACGUCAUAACGUAUAGAAUGUCAGGAAUGAUUGUUGACCGUGUCAGUUCUGGUUUUGUGCUGUCUGGUAUGACAAGAGCUUGUGCAGCGGAGAUGGUAGGCCUCUCUUUUCAACUAAUUGACCUUGCUUCUGUGACCAGUGAAGACAUACAAAUGCUGGCUCAUGUAAUAAACACCUGUAAACAACAAGAGGUCAUAAUAAGCAAAGGGCAAGCAUCAACAACAAGAAUAGCACAAACCCCCAUGAAGGAUGGGGUGUUAUGUGGAGGUGAUAUGCAUUCAGUAUAUGUUAGCAACUUUGUUCUACAGACAACUGAUCCGUACAGAGUGUCUCACUUAACUGCCAUGCCCUGUUACCAAACUGUAAAUCCUGUACAAGACAGGUCAGUUGAAAUUCAACUAACCAAUUUAUGUGUGCAUUCAUUUGAUUACUUUCCUAUCACCACUUCACAUCUGAGCUUCGGUACGACAAUGUAUUGGAAUAAACAUGCGUCACAGAAUCACAAGCUUCUCUCUUUAGAUUUUAGUGGUAUUGUCACAGCUGUUGGGAAAGAUGUCUAUAGUCUAAGAGUGGGAGAUCACAUUGCUUCAUGUUAUCCAGUUGUUGCCACUGCAAAGAUUAUAAUUCCUGAAGCUGUGUGCUACAGCACAAAGAGACUCCCAUUUAUGAAAGAGACCCCAUGCGUGUCUUACUUCAUACUGGCAUGGGAGAUUCUGCAGAGAAUGUUGUCUAAGGUAAAACAUCAACACAGAAAACUGGUCAUUAUCUCCUCCAGUUCAGCCUCCGCUCUGACGAAGGUUUUGGCUCUGACAGCAAACAGGUCAGGCUGGAAUGUUUCCUCACUUCCUUAUUUCAGAGGGCAUUUUCCUCAAAGUUAUGCAUUUGUUUUUCUGCCCCCAUUUGAUCUCUCUUGGCAGGACAUGUAUAAUAGUGAUGGACAUGAUAGACACUUUAUUUUUGUAUGCAACAAUCUGAUGUCAUCCUCACUCCCAGCCAACAUGUUUGCACUAAAUAAUGAACAUACACAUGUACAUAAACUUGAUGUGACUAAUGUUCUUCAGAGAGCAAAUCUGCAAAUACAAAACAGGAAUAUUUCAAACUGGUUAAUGUCAUUAGGCUUUGAUGCUACAUCUCUACCUUUGAAAAGAGAGACUUUUCAGAUAUCAAGCACAAAAGAGGCACAGACUAUUGCAGAUGCUGAAUCCUAUUUCACAACAAAGACAGUGCAGCAAGUUGUUCUACAUCACAGAGCAUCUGAUAGUCCAGUGUCAGAUAUCACUUUGACUGCAAGGCCUGAACAGCUCUUUCAACAAAGCUGUGUUUAUAUUGUAACUGGAGGGCUCUCUGGUUUGGGACUUGAGACUGUAAAGUUCAUUGCCCACAAUGGUGGCAGUUGUAUUGCAACACUGUCUAGAAGUACUCCAACUGAUGAACUGCAGUUUGAAAUGGAUCUCCUCAAGAGAAGGUAUGGGGUGACAAUCAUGAAUGUCCAGUGUGACGUUUCUGUGUUGAUGCAGGUAGUGGAUGCAAUCUCAAAGAUUGAACAAAGAUUCUCCUCUUGUCCAAUCAAAGGAGUGUUUCACAGUGCUGCAGUAUUGCAUGAUGCUUUGAUUGAAGCCCUUGAUGAGUCACUCUUUCGAAAGGUGAUGCAACCCAAAGUGAGUGGGGUUUUAAACCUUCAUUAUGCCACACUCCAUAACAAACUGGAUUUCUUUGUGUGCUACUCCUCCAUCUCUUCAUUCAUUGGAAAUCCUUCACAAUGUAACUAUGCAGCAGCCAAUUCCUUCCUCGACACAUUCUGCCAUUAUCGGAGAAACCUUGGACUUGCUGGACAGUCCAUCAACUGGGGUCCCUUGAACCUUGGUCUGUUGUUGAACAAAGAUCAUUUCCAAAAAUUCCUUGAGACAAAAGGUAUGAUGAUAAUGGAUGUUUGUGACAUUCAAGAAGCACUUGAAAAGUGUCUUCUAAUGAACAGACCACAACAAGUCAUAUGCAAGUUCAACUUUAAAAAUCUUAACAUUCAUGUACUUUCACAAAACGCAUCUCUCAGAGAGCGGUUGUCAGCUUUAGUGGAAAUGGAGAUAAAAGAUGAUAUAAGCACUGAGCCCAGGGUUCAGCAUUUGUCUCCCACACAUGGAAAUGUGAGAACAAUUGUCAGUGACAUCAUCAGUGUCAGUGUAGAUGAACUGGAUGAUAACUCAGCUCUGUGUGCAUUGGGUAUUGACUCAAUGUUAGCAAUGACUCUGCAGAAUAAGAUUUUCCAAGAGACAGGAGUGAAUGUACCUUUAGUUAGAAUACUGGAUCCCAACAGUACACUGGCCACUUUGGAAACUAUUGUAAUUAAUAAUGGAUAAUUUGAUAUACUAUACCAGGAUACUUUAAAUGAGGAGUAAGAAAGGGUGAGGAUACAAAUGUAAAUUUUUGCACAGGAAUUGCACUGUUUCACUGUUGUGGUAUUGUUCUUUGUAGUAGGUUUGUUUUAACUCAAUACAAUGUGUGUCAGCUUUGUUUUACUUUGACUUAUUUGAAAACAGUUUUGUAUUACUAUUUGAUUUUGAUUUUAAUGUGUAUAUUUAUGUUGCUGAUGAGUUCUCUGUAGAAGAUUUGUACAAUAACUCUCAGUGUGCUAUCGAACAACAAAUUGCUGUGUGACAGAAAUAAAUCAGCCUUAUCAAGUGUAUAGAGAAUUCAAGUGCAUUUUAUUUUAUCAUGGCACAAGCAAGUGAAAAACAGUACAUGUUUCCAUCACAAUAUGUAAGAGUUCAUUAGUAUCAUAUUUUUACAGUGAUGGUCAUUAACAA